AUGUCCUUCGGCAACUACACGGGCCGGACGGUGCCAAUACACCCAGGUGACAGAGAAAAUACUGUGUUCACGGUGCCCGAUGGUAGACACUUUCAGUUGUGUGCCAUACCCUUCAGGCUCAAGUGCGUGCAGGCCACAUUUCAAGCUAUGAAGGCCCGUAUAAACCCCGAGAGGAUGCUGUACGUUCAGACAGAUGCGAGCGCCGAGGGGGUGGGUGCGGUUCUAUACCAACGAGAUGAAAAUGAAGACCGGUGCAUAAUCGACUACGCUAGUGCCCAGUUCGGCUGCGCUGAAUGGAACUACCACAGCAAUGAGCAGGAGUGCCUGGCAGUGACCCUCCAGGGGUGGAAAAUCAAACUCGUGAGGUGGGCGCUGUUUCUACAGUUAUUCGACUUCGUCGUGGAGCACAUUCCAGGAGUAGAAAACAAGCUCCCGGACGCCCUGUCACAGUACCCUGAUGAGGGAUCAUGCCUGGAGGAUGAGGUAUCUUGGGAUGAGAUACUGCCACCUGGCCGAGAAAAUUUGGUUUCUGAAGAUGUCACCCUAGUAGAAGUGGACAAAACACCUACUUCAGACGACUCGAUCAUGCCCCGAGGCAUGCGGGGCCUGCCAUGCCACCCCCAGCCCAGAAACAGCGACGCUGGAAACAGCAUGAAGCUCCGCCACAAGUCCGAGGCGAUGCAGUCGGAGACGCACGACGCGGACACAGAUCUGUGA